AUGUCGUACAGGGCCGUGCACCUGAAACCGGUUUGUGCAGAAGCAUCAGGCUCCCUGCCCUCCCGGGGCCAGGCUCGGGGCCAGGCGGACUCCGGGGCUGAGCGCCCCCGUCGCCCGGCCUCACGUCCCCGUCCCUGCAGCGCGGGCGGCCUUGGGGUGCUGCUCAACGUGGACCGCGUGGCGGAGCAGCUGCAGGAGCUGGGCCACCCCGCCGUUCAGGUGCGGGGCCUGGUGGACUCGGGCUGGUUCCUGGACAACGAGCAGUACCACCACACGGACUGCGUGGACACGGCCACCUGUGCGCCCACCGACGCCAUCCGCCGGGGCAUCAGGUAUUGGAACGGGGUGGUCCCAGAGCGCUGCCGGCGCCAGUUCAAGGAGGGCGAGGAGUGGAACUGCUUCUUCGGCUACAAGGUCUACCCGACGCUGCGCUGCCCCGUGUUCGUGGUGCAGUGGCUGUUCGACGAGGCCCAGCUGACCGUGGACAACGUACACCUCACGGGGCAGCCGGUCCAGGAGGGCCAGUGGCUGUACAUCCAGAACGUGGGCCGGGAGGUGCGGCAGACGCUCAAGGACGUGGCGGCCAGCUUCGCGCCCGCCUGCCUGUCCCAUGAGAUCAUCCUGGAAAGCCACUGGACGGAGGUGCAGGUGAAGGGGACCUCACUCCCGCGGGCGCUGCACUGCUGGGACAGGAGCCUCCACGAGGGCCACAAGGGCAGCAAAGCCCCGCUGAAGGGCUGCCCCGUCCACCUGGUGGACAGCUGCUCCUGGCCCCACUGCAACCCCUCGUGCCCCACCAUCCGCGACCAGUUCACGGGGCAGGAGAUGAACGUGGCCCAGUUCCUCAUGCACAUGGGCUUCGACGUGCAGGCCCUGGCGCAGCAGCAGGGCCUGGAGCCCAGCAAGCUGCUGGGGAUGCUGAGCAGCGGGAGUUAGGGCGUCCCCGGGCCCCCCCAAGCCCCCGGGCCCCCACGGCCCCCCGCGCUGGGUCCGGACGCCCACCCCCAGCAGCCUUCACCGCCCCUCUGCACCCCGGACGCUGCCUCCCCCGCCCCCACCUGCGGUGGGGAGCCCGCGCACUGGACCCUCA